UUUUUUUUAUUGUUUUGCGGCCUUGUCUGUCCGUGUUGCGUCUCUGUGUGAAUAGAAUAUUCCAGAAAUGUACUGUAGAUUCAAUUAGAUAAACAAUGGGAAGGAGGUAGCCGCUUUUCCACACUCGCACGCCUUCUUUAGCCCUGGCCUAUGCCGUGCAGUGCGACUGAUGGCCGGCCCCGGUUUCGGUAAAAGAAUAUACUAGACGAAGAGGAAGUUGUCUUGGGUUUGUGCGGGGGGGAGGGCGGAUUCAGCAGAUUUUCUCCGGGUUGGUGGGUGUGUUAGAUCGCCCAUCAGUUGCAUCGAAUAGUAAACAGCAUCUCCGAAACUGGGAUAACAAAAAAAAAAACGCUGCUAUUCUCUUGUCCGUUGUGUUUUUUGUUCAUUGGACGUCUCAGACUCCGAUGAUACAUAAUAUGAUAAAAGGAAGAAGUCGUCUCACUACACCGAUUCCAUCGCGUUAUUAACACAUUAAUGGUUGCUGUUCGGGAUUGCUUUGCAUUUAAACCGCUUAACAACUGAAGUCCUGAUCAGGAUUUGCUCUUCUUCAAUGAGGAACUACAGGCUCAUCUUCUGCCACAACCUGAAGCAGCCUUAGAUGAGCAAAGAAUGCCUAUUCACUGAGAGUGACUGGAGUAGACAAGCUGUACAUUUGGGUGUCUUUGUGCUCAAAGAAGGAAACAGCCGUGCUGUGGAAGCUAUGAGGAAGAGCCUCUCCCCUGCCCUCAGCACCUGUGACUCCCUCAGCACGGCCAGGGUAUUUGGGGUUCCCCUCGAGGAGCUGCAGCAGGACGGACAGCCUGGACAGGAGGUCCCCGUCCUGGUCAAACGCAUCGUCGAGUACAUCGAAGAGCACGGGGGCUUGGACCUGGAGGGCCUGUUCCUGGUGAAUGGGAAUGCGGAGCGAGUGGAGUGGCUGCGGCAGCGCUAUGAGAGCGGGGAGGAGGUCGAUCUGGAGAAGGAAGCGGACCUGGCCUCUGCCGUCAGUCUGCUCAGACUUUUCCUUCAGGAGCUCCCCGAGCCUGUCAUCCCAGCCGCCCUGCAGGCCCACAUUCUGCAGCUGUAUCAAGACUUCAGCACGGAGGAGGAGCAGUCCAGAAACAUGAAGUACUUCCUGCAGCAGCUCCCGCAGGCCAACUACAGCCUGCUGCGUUUCCUGUGUCGCUUCCUGUGCAGCGUGGCGUCGCUGCAGGAGGAGAGCUGGAGCGCCGGCUCCCUCGCCGCUGUCUUCGGACCCGACGUCUUCCACAUCAAUACAGAAGUGGAGGACCUGAAGGAACAGGAAUCAAUGGCCAGGAUCUUGGCUGACCUGCUGGAGAACCAGGAGGACUUGUUUGAUUGUGAAGAGGAGGAUUUCUCCACUACAAACGACUACAGUUCCGUCACAGGACAAAUCACAGAGCUGCUGGACGAUGAGAAGCUGGAGCAGUGUGAGGAUCUACCCCAGGACAGUGAGGACAGCCCAGAGGAAUCCCAGAACGAGGACCCCGCCUCAUCCAGUUCUCACAUCACUCCCAUUAGUAUUUUGCCAGCUUCUGCAGACAUCCUCGAGAGGACGAUCCGCGCUGCGGUGGAGCAGCAUCUCUUUGACCUGCAGAGCAGCAUCGAGCAGGAGAUCCGCAGCUAUGAGAGGCAGGGAGCCGAGGAGAUCUGCAGCUAUGAGAGGCAGGGAGCCGAGGAGAUCUGCAGCUAUGAGAGGCAGGGAGCAGAGGAGAUCUGCAGCUAUGAGAGGCAGGGAGCAGAGGGGCUGGGGCAGGGGGAGGCUGGCACUGGACUAGUGGAGAGAGACAAGGACAGCUCCCAGCCUGGAUUAGUAGAAACGCAGCCUAAAGCCUGUCCAGAAGAGAGUGGUGACGAGGACGAGGAGGAGGAGGAGGAGAAGAGCAGGCAGCAAGUGGAGAGCGCCACCCUGCUGGAAGACUCUGGCAGUGAUGCUGACGCUGAAGCACUGGUGGAAGCUGAAAACAACAUCAACACAGCCAGACAAGAAGACUGUCGGGUGUCCAAGAACGACUAUGAAACUGAAAUCAUCACCUGUAAGCCCGGUGGCGAAGGGUUUGAUGUGAGCACCAACUCUGAGUCGUCAGACCGUCCCGGCCAGCCAGGACCAACUCCCCACCUCGACCUGCACCGAGUGUUCCAAGGGUUGGAAGCGCCUUGUCCAUUCACUUUCCCCCUCAUUGACUUCAAAUCAAUGCACCUGCAGAAGGACGGGGAAGACCCCGUCCCUGCAUUCAAGUCCUGGCAGGAGGACUGUGAGUCUGGGGAGGCUCAGCUUUCCCCGCUGGCCGGCCGCAUGGUCCACCACCCCCUGGAAGAAGACUCCCACCUCCUGCUCGCCCGCCGCUUCCUGGACUUCGGACACAGCCAGCGCUUCCUGCAGACCCCCGACGCAUCCUCCUCCCCCCCCACUAAAGCACUUUCCUUUAGGAGGCCUCGCCGAGCCUCCUUCAGCACCAGAGAGGCUGGGAAGGGGGAUGCCGUCUCAGUCCAACUCGCCAAGAAACUGCAGAACCUCAAGAAGAAGAUCAAGCAGUUUGAGGAGCAGUUUGAGAAGGAGAGGAACUACAAGCCCUCGCACAGUGAUAAGGCAGCUAAUGCAAAGGUUUUGAAAUGGAUGACGGAGCUCACAAAACUACGCAAGCAAAUCAAAGACACUAAGUGCAAGUCCUCGGACGGAGAGUUUCCUCCCCUGCCCCGGCCGCGGAGCAACACCCUCCCGAAGAGCUUCGGCUCCACGCUGGACCAUGGGGAGUCUGAGGGGGUGGCGCUGGGGCGACCCAGCCCAGAAUCCACAGUGGAUCUCAUCCUGCGCAGGCUCCGGGACAAGAGGGAGGAGGCGAGCUGGCCAGAGGACAUGAAGAAAAUGACAAAGGAAAACCUGCUCUGUGAGAAGACGGCACUGCAGAAGAACCUGCUGUACUAUGAGAGUAUCCACGGGCGCCCGGUCACCCGCGAGGAGAGGCAGAUUGUGAAGCCUCUUUAUGAGAGAUACCGGCUGGUGAAGCAGAUGCUGACCCGAGCUAGCAUCACAACCCUAAUCGGUUCUCCAUCAUCCAAGAGGCGGGGACAGAUGUUGCAGCCAAUCAUUGAGGGGGUAACUGCCCAUUUCUGUGAUGAGAUCAAUGAGGAGGAGGAGGAGGAGGAGGAGGAGGAGGAGGAGGAGGUCAGUGAGGAUACAACGUUCACCAUCAUGCUGGACCCAGCCAGCCUCCCCCACUCCUUCCAGGCUCACCUGGACAGAGAGAAGAUGGACCCCAAGCUGGAGGAGAGCUCGGGCAGGCUGGCCCGCGACCUCUGCAUGUCUAACACCAACACUACAUCCAUGCCGGAGCUCCUGGAGCAGCUAUGGAAGGCGAGGGCUGACAAGAAGCAGCUUCGGAAGAGCCUCCGAGACUUCGAGGACGACUUCUAUCAGCAGAAUGGCAGGAAUGUGCAGAAGGAAGAUCGCUCUCCGAUGUGGGUGGAGUACAAGGAAUACAAGCGGAUCAAAGCCAAACUCCGACUGCUGGAAGUUUUAAUCAGCAAGCAGGAUUCUUCCAAAUCCAUUUAACCCCCUUGGGGUACAUGUGUCCUGCACCCCUCUAUCCACACAGCCACUGACUAUCACACUGGAGCCAGCCUGGCCUGAGGAGGAGUGGCAUGGAAUAGCAAAGCUUCCCUGCUCUGCCAGAUGUGUGGAGAUCUCCUCCUCCUCGUUUUUUUAAGACCCUUCUCAAUGUUUGUCUGCUGACUACAUGCAUCUUGUUAAAACAAUAAAGGACUGUAACUUUAAGAGCCAGAAGGGGAACUUUUAUUUUUUUUCAACAGAACUUGUUUUGAAUUUUAUCUCAUUUAUUUUAAAUUAUACUUUCAUGUUAACUGUAGUUAGUUUAUCACACCGGGGAGUUUCUAACACUGCAGUGUGCACACGGGGGCUGAGGGUUUUGUAUGAAAACAGAAUGAGACAGUUUGUAUUUGAACAGACACAGAGCACUCUCCCAAAUGCCAGACAACAGGCUGCAUCGCUCCUGACAAUCGUAUCCAUGUGGAAACACUUGAGAGCUUUACUUCUGGAAUCAAGUCCUGGGAAUCUUUCAACUCACCAUAAACAAAAAGACUUGGAGACAUGAUUUCAAAACCUGUGUGUGUGUGUUUAAGCAUACUACAUUUUUUAUCUUCCCUAGUAACACGGUUUGCUACCGACCGAACUGAAGCCGUUUUGCACACAGGAGGAUUUUUUGUUGUUGUUUUUUGCCGAGAGAGCAACAAGGACGGUGGAAGUCAGUGUUGAUUUGCCACCUGUUCUGUGUCUGUCUCUGUGCACUGCUGGCUGUUUCCAGGACAUAAGGGCACUUACUCAAGUCUGUAAUGAUGAGACUUUGUUUUCUUUUUUUUGUAUUUCAAAAAAUCUUCUGUUGCGUUGCAAAUACUGAAAGUGUUUAAUGGACCUUGAAUUAAACUGUAGAGCUGAUUUUUAGUUCUAUUUUUGUACAGUUAUUGUUUUCUUUAGUUUUGUUUACCUUUCAGUAAACCAGGAGUAAAACCACUGUAUGAAAAGAGCCCUGAUUGUUUUUCUGUAGAGGGGGACCGCAGAACCGAAUGUGUGCAAGUUCUCUGCAUGAUGUCUCGCAGGAGGAGGGGGUGAGGGUCCCACCUGGUAUUACCCUUCAGAAAUCGCUAAAGUAAAAAGCAACAAUCGGUCUUCCUGCCCAGAGUCUGUUCAUCAAGACCAGUCACUGCAAUGGAAAGAUCCGGAAUGAACCGAGCGCCAUCACUGAAAGGGUAUAUGACUGGUAGCAGUGUACCGUGCCUCCACUGGGGUACGCUAUCCAGACACACAGAGGAUGUGGUUACCUGGGAUCGCUGCUUUUCAGCUGGUUAGAUCCUGCAUUUACUUGAAUGACAGCCGUGUUUUUCAGGUCCUAUGAUGUCAUUGUCACUGGUUAGUGAAGAUGGGCAAAACAUUUUCAAAUUAGCUUCCCCUUUAAGGUGGUGGUGUUUCUGUUCAUGCUUGCUUUUUAUUUAUUUAUAUAUAUAUUUUUAACGUGGUGUGUACUACCACCUGGUGGCCAGAUACUGUAAAUGAUUUGUAAAGAGAAGUUCAGUGUUUCUCUUAAAGGGAAGAUCAAAUAUGAAUUUUCUGCACACCACUGUUGAAAAGUACAUAGACGAGAGCGAGAGAUGUGAUUUGGACCUGGGAUUCACAGUAUGCAGCCUCACAUACUAAAAGCCCUUCUCCUGCCUUUCUGAAUGACUUUGAACAGGGAUGCUGCUGGUUUCCGGAUGGUGAUUGUGCUGUGCUUGUAGAAUUCUCUGUGUGUGCUUGGUGUGUUCUGAGGUGUGUGGGCAGUGAGCAGUACUCUCUUGUUUUUCCUCCACUUUUGGCAGGUACGUGAAUUUGUCAUUUUUAUUACAACCAAUUAAGUCUCAAAUCAAAUUCUUUGAGGACAGUCAUACUGAAACUACUGGAAUUCAAUUCCAGAGUCGAAAUGUUUAUCAAUGUAGGCGUGUUAGCUUCAUCUCUCUGGUUUGUAAAAACGAAACAUGCCGGGUGUGCUUUGUACCCUGGAAAUGAACACUUAGUUUAGUUUUUUCAAAUUGUAAUAACAAUGUUACUCUCUCUUUUUCUGGUGCUUUUUGAUGUAUUACUUUCUAUUGCGACCAUGUCUGCAUGCACCUGGUGUUGUAGUUGGCUGCUGAUUGGAUAGAUAAGCUGUGGGUUCUGUUUUUACUGCAUGCCUUUGUUAUGUACUAGAGAAAAUGAAGAAAGACACACAUGAAGCCAAAUCGGUAAUAGAAGGGUCAGAACAAGAGCCUGACUCUGUCUGCUGUCUUGCUUGAAGGGCCUGGUAAGAGACCAGUGUUUUGAGUAACAGCUCUAGUCAUUGGGAUGGGAUACACUGGGGUCAUUCUGAUGGAAGUAUUUUAAUGAGGCUUCACUUCCUCAGUCAGUGUGCUGACCGGACCUCUAGAAACCAGCAUGAAUACGACUACCCUGUGUAAACAUUCUUCAAUCACUAAAGUGUGUAUUUUACUUCAAACAUUGAAAGGGUCUUUCAUCAGAACCCAGAGUUCUGUGAGCUGUUUAUGCUCCUGAGUGAACCAGUGAAACUGACAGAAAGUCUGCAAUAUCAGACUAAUAUCAGCCAAAGCUUUGUAUUUCUAUUUAAUUUCAUUUAAUUGUGUGUGUGGUAGGUUUGGGUGUUAAGAAGUAUUGGCCCUGCCCUUUGAUAUCAUCCUGCAUGAAACAGACAUUGCAUUCUUAUAGACUUGCUCUGAAGCCUCGUGCCUUUCCUGCAGCAUUCCUCAACGUGGCGGCAAACCUUUGCUGUUUACUGCUGACCUGCUUGAUGAGUGCGGCUAGGACAAGACACAGAGCGUAGGGGUUGUCGUCUGACUAUUUCACAGUAUUCUGGGAAUGCAGCCCCCAUUCUCAAAGUACUAAGACUGGUUUUGUAAAACUGUUCAUAAUUUCUUUUUUUAUACAAUCUGUUUUGCCCCAUUUUUAAACCGUGUGAUCUGUAUGAUUCCAGUGUAGUAGUAGUAGUAUUAUUAUUGUUAUUAUUAUUUUGUAUUUUCAUUUUGAAGCUGUUUAUGCUCUGAACUAACCCUGGUGUAAAUGUUUAGAGAUGUACUGGUCUGCUCUCUUUACUCACUGUGGUGGACCUGCAUGGCAAACUUGUAUUGAUUCUAUUUUUGUGCCAUCAUCAGCAAGCAAUAAAUGGCAUUGAUGCCUCUUUGAGGGCAAGAAAGGCCUGUUUUGUUGUUUGUUUUCCAGCAUGUGUGCUCCUCUAAUAAAUGACUUGUUCAUAGUUA